GCAAUCGAUCAGUGGAAAGACAAUGGCUUCUCCAGCAGUUGCAAUGGCACCUGCGUCUUCCAAGACUGAAAGCUAUGUUGACAAUAAACGAAAAGAAGACAUACGUAUGGCCAACAUCAAUGCUGCACGCUCUGUCUCCAGCGCCGUCCGCACAUCGCUCGGUCCUAAAGGCAUGGACAAGAUGAUCUCCACCGCCUCCGGCGAGGUUAUCAUCACCAAUGACGGCGCUACCAUUCUCAACAAAAUGGAAGUCCUCCAACCCGCCGCUAAGAUGCUCGUUGAACUCUCUAAAUCCCAAGACAUUGUCGCUGGUGACGGUACCACCACCGUUGUUGUCAUCGCCGGUGCCCUAUUAAAACAAUGCCAGACUUUACUCCGCGCUGGUAUUCACCCUACUGUGAUAUCCGAUUCAUUGCACAAGGUUUCAGUUAAAGCUCUUGAUGUGCUUACUGCUAUGGCUGUUCCUGUCGAGCUUUCUGAUCGUGAGAGUCUGAUUAAAUCAGCUUCAACUUCACUUAAUAGCAAGGUAGUCUCACAAUACUCGAGUCUUUUAGCUCCCUUAGCUGUAGAUGCUGUCUUAUCCGUAGUGGACUCAGCCAAACCAGAUAUAGUUGAUCUUAGGGAUGUUAAGAUCGUGAAGAAAUUAGGAGGAACUGUUGAUGAUACAGAGUUAGUCAAGGGUUUGGUGUUUGAUAAGAAGGUUAGUCACUCUGCUGGUGGUCCUACUCGUGUUGAGAAUGCGAAAAUUGCAGUUAUUCAGUUCCAGAUAUCACCUCCAAAAACUGAUAUCGAGCAGUCUAUUGUCGUAUCGGAUUAUACCCAGAUGGACCGGAUUUUGAAGGAAGAGAGGAAUUACAUUUUGGGUAUUAUUAAAAAGAUCAAGGCUACAGGUUGUAAUGUGUUGUUGAUCCAGAAGAGUAUUUUGAGGGACGCAGUUACUGAUUUGUCGCUGCAUUACCUUGCCAAGGCCAAGAUUUUGGUGAUUAAAGAUGUGGAACGUGAUGACAUUGAAUUCAUUACCAAAACAUUGAACUGUUUGCCUAUAGCAAAUGUUGAGCAUUUUCGUGCGGAAAAACUAGGGUUUGCUAGUAUGGUUGAAGAGGUUUCACUUGGAGAUGGAAAGAUUGUGAAGAUUACAGGAAUUAAAGAUAUGGGAAGAACUACUACGGUUCUUGUUCGUGGGUCUAAUCAGCUGGUUCUUGAUGAGGCGGAGAGGAGUUUGCAUGAUGCUUUAUGUGUGGUUAGGUGYYUWGUGARCAAAAAGUUUYUGRUUGCAGGUGGKGGUGCMCCAGAGRUUGAGCUCUCGAGGCARCUWGGUGCAUGGUCUAARGUYYUKCAKGGGAUGGAGAGUUWUUGYGURARRUCUUUUGCSGAGGCUCUUGAAGUUAUUCCUUACACCUUGGCUGAGAAUGCAGGUCUGAACCCAAUUGCUAUAGUGACAGAGCUUCGUAACAAGCAUGCCCAGGGUGAAAUCAAUGCUGGAAUCAAUGUGAGAAAGGGGCAAAUCACGAAUAUCUUGGAGGAGAAUGUGGUGCAACCGUUGCUUGUGAGCACAAGUGCCAUAACCCUAGCUACAGAGUGUGUUCGGAUGAUUUUGAAGAUUGAUGACAUUGUUACAGUGAGGUAGAAGUAAUGUGGUGUGGUUCAGGCUCUAUUCGAAUGUUUUUGGUGAUUGUUGUGUUUAUGCAGUUCUAAGAACCCAUUUUUGAAAGUUUUGAUUUGAGUUGUUUGGUUUGCUCGCUCAUCUUUUAUGCUGGAUCUCCAUUAGCUCCUGAAGGUUUGAUAUUUUGGCAGUAAUCAGUCAUCAUUUGGGUGAGAUUUUUUAUUAAUUCAUCUAUAAUUAAUACUUUUAGAGAAUGUC